CCUGUUACUCACAGAGUCACACUCCAUGAGUCUCGGCGUCUGGGAUCCUGGGCGAGGCUGUGGCAGCGGCUGGAUGGGAUGGUGCGUUCUGUGGCUGGGGGAAGGGGGAGGAGGGCCGGACCGUAACUGUGCGGCUGCUCCUACGUGACACAGAGUGGCUGUGAUAAACGUGCCUGCUCCCCAGUUCCCACUCAUGCCCAGAGCUCCCCCCUCCUGUGCUCCGUUCCGCUCUGGCCCCGCCCCCUCCAGCACCCCAGGCUGCCGGCGCCCGUCACCUCUUCCAGAGCUCAGGCAGGCGAGGCAGGGCAGCCCUGGCAGGAGAAGGAGAUUGGGAGCGGGACCGGGCACAGGUGAGCACUGGCCGAGGCUGCUGAGGUCUUGAUUUUGCCCUGGGACCCUCCAACCCAACUGCCUCCCAGGGGCCAGAGUCUCCAUCACCCUUCAAGGAUGCUCCUGAGGCUUCUGCUUCUGUGUUUGUGGGGACUGCCACUCCAGAGGGCGGAGGGUGAGGACCUGGAGAGACACGGGUGGGCGGUCUGGGAGGCUCUUAAGCCUUCCCCCACCCCCAGGAGCGUUUUAAGGCUGCCCGCCCCUGCCCGCAGUCUGGUAGUUUCCACUCACACUUUCCCUCACAAGUCCUCCCGGUGGGGUCCAGCCACCACCCUUCUCUGAUGCUCUCCAAAUCUGCCAUCUCCCAUACCAGAUCCCUUGGUGGUUUUCUAGGCACCCCAAUUCCAUCUAAAAGGUUUCUAAGCCACCCAGGAGUCCUGGGUAAAAAACUGAACGGCUCCCUCCAAAUCUCUGACCGAGCUUGCUGCCUGGGAGGGGUCUUCCUGGGGGGGGGGGCGUCCUCCGUUCCCUUUUCUCUUAGACAGAUUCUGAGGAGCAGACAACGAGGGAGCUGUACCAGAGCUGGGAGCGCUACGGCCGGGAGUGCCAGGAGACCCUGGAGGCUGCAGAUCCACCCUCAGGCAUAGUCUGUAACGGGUCCUUCGAUAUGUACGUCUGCUGGGACUACACGGCCGCCAACACCACUGCUCGGGCAUCCUGCCCCUGGUAUCUGCCCUGGUACAGCCACGUGGCUGCAGGCUACAUCUUCCGCCAGUGUGGCAGUGAUGGCCAGUGGGGGUCUUGGAGAGAUCACACUCAGUGUGAGAAUCCAGAGAAGAACGGGACCUUUCAGGACCAAAGGCUGAUCCUGGAGCACCUGCAGGUCGUGUAUACAGUCGGCUACUCCCUGUCCCUGGCCGCUCUGCUGCUAGCCCUGCUCAUCUUAAGUCUGUUCAGGCGGCUGCACUGCACUCGUAAUUACAUUCACAUGAACUUGUUCACAUCUUUUAUGCUGCGGGCAGUGGCCAUCCUCACCCGAGACCGGCUGCUUCCUCCACUUGGGCCCUACGCUGGGGACCAGACUCCUACCCUGUGGAACCAGGCCCUAGCUGCCUGCCGCGCGGCUCAGAUCGUGACCCAGUACUGCGUGGGUGCCAACUACACCUGGCUGCUGGUAGAGGGUGUGUACCUGCACCAUCUGCUGGUGAUCGUGCGAGGCUCGGAAAAGGGCCACUUCCGCUGCUACCUGCUUCUUGGCUGGGGGGCCCCCGCGCUUUUCGUCAUUCCUUGGGUGAUCGUCAGGUACCUGUACGAGAACACGCAGUGCUGGGAGCGCAACGAAGUCAAAGCCAUUUGGUGGAUCAUUCGCACCCCCAUCCUAAUAACCAUCUUGAUCAAUUUCCUCAUCUUCAUCCGCAUCUUGGGCAUCCUUGUGUCUAAGCUGAGGACACGGCAGAUGCGCUGCCCCGACUACCGACUAAGGCUGGCUCGUUCCACGCUGACGUUGGUGCCCCUGCUGGGUGUCCACGAGGUGGUGUUUGCUCCCGUGACGGAGGAACAGGCUGAAGGCGCCCUGCGCUUAGCCAAACUGGCCUUCGAAAUCUUCUUAAGUUCCUUCCAGGGCUUCCUGGUGAGCGUGCUCUACUGCUUCAUCAACAAAGAGGUGCAGUCGGAGAUCCGCCGGGGCUGGCGUCACCGCCGCCUGCGUCUCAGCCUCCGCGAAGAGCACCCCCGUCCGAACAUGGAGCUCAGCCCCCCGGGCCUGCCCUCGCGUCCUGCACCCCGGGAGGCCCCCAUAGGCAGCGCCUGGCCCUCUGGGUCUCUGCACGUGCCUGGAGAUGAAGUCUUGGAAAGUUACUGCUAGGUAACGGGACUCCUGUGUCUGUACACUUCGCAUGUAUUGAGUGCCUACUGUGUACCAGCCCAGGUGUGGGGAAUGCUGGGGAAACGGGGGGGAGAAGGAAGGAAGACAAGGUCCCUUUAUGUAUAUAUUUGUUGUGGAAUGGCUUAUGAAAAAGGAUUGAGAUGUUUAGGACCACUAACAGGGAGGCCGCUUGUGAAGACCGUGACGCUUUUAAGCCAUGUUUGAAAGAAGUGGAGACAACCUGGAGAGGUGGAGGACAAGACUCCAGGCAGAUUCCAGUGUAAAGGCCCUGGGAACAGGAAGGAUGGAGAAGGGCUUCCGUGGCUGGAAAAAGCCUGGGCCUGCAGACGGGGAAGAAGUGGGCAAGGGGUGCAGUGAAGAUUUUACUCUUUUAUUUUAUGCAUACGACCGUUUUGCCUGCAUGGAUGUAUGUGCACCACAUGCAUGCAGCACUUACAUAUGCCUGAAGGGUGGAAGAUCCUCUGCGACUGCAUGGUUGUCAGCCUCCACGUGGGUGGGGUGAACUGAACUCCAUCUCUCCAGCCCUGCGUUUAGCAGGGGUGUCUGUCUCCUUGGCUCUUUUCCACACAGUUGUCUGCUCCACAGGGACAGAUUGUUGGGGGCAGGAUGUGAGCUGGGAGCCCAGUGAGAGGAAUGCAGGUAGCUGGACCAGAGGGAGGCCAUAGAGGGGUGAGAAAGAUUUGCUGAUGAUCCCAGGAGAGGGGUCAGACUGCUGGGACAAAAGGAGGGAGAAUCAAAGGGCUCUUGGCCUGUAUAACGCUGGCGAGACUCAGGGGGCUGAACUUCAGGAUCUGGAGCUGCAGGGGAAAGCUUGCAACAGAGCAAGAGGAGCCUGGACCACUGUGGGUUGAACAUGGAGCAGGCAGGCCUCUGCUGAAUCCUGCUCCAGGCAGCUAGACCCGCUGCUGGCAGUUAGGACACACCCUUCCGCCUCCCAGGGACGACUGAGAGACAUUAGGGGAUGCAGCCUCACUGUGGCUGGUCCACCUGCGUGUGCACACACACAAACCUCAAUUAGUGGGGGGUGCUGUAUUUUCCCCAGGGUCCCCAGAAGACGUGCCCCGUAGCUGACCCUACACUUCACACCUCAGCCCUUGGCGGCUGGUGGAGUGGAGGCCCUAGUAAAUCAAGCGGGAGAAUCACUUGCUUCUUUAUGGGGUGGGAGAUGAAGGCCAGGCUGGAAAAGGUGUGUGUGUGUGAGGUAGUCUGCCAUAGACGAGUAAGGGGCAACUGGAGCGACACGUUGCCACCAGAAAACACGAAAACCACGUUGCCACUGUGCUCCUCCCUGAGAGAAUCUCAUGGACACUCUUUGAAACACAUGAACAAAUUAAAGCUGUGUGUGAACCUGCUGCUUCUCUGGAAAGACAACAAAACGAACAGCAGAGCUGGACAAGGGGGUGGGGCAGCUGUAGUCCCAGCAUCUGAGGUGGUGGGAGGAGGAGGUCGAGUUGAAGGUCAUCUUGAUGGAAAGCAAGUUGGAUAUUUGAACUAUGUGAGACCUUGUCUCAAAUAAACAGCGAAAGCAGCAGGAA